AUGGUCGAAAGCCAGAGAAUCCCGGGGGUCGACCUCAGAGCCGCCGAGCCCCAGGUUGUUCGGAUCAUCGUGAAGACUCCGUGGCAGAAGGAAGAGUUUCUGGUCCACAGGGAUAUGUUGGUGCGAGAAUUCAAGGAACAUGUUGCCAGGCAUUUCUCCUCUUCUCCUGACCAAAUUGUGCUGGUGUAUGUCGGAAGGAUCUUGAAAGACCACAAGACCCUUGGCCAGCAUGGCGUCCACCUAGACCACGACGCAACAGUCUACGUGGUCGUCCGGUCUCCCCGGGGGCGCCCAUCCAGGCAGGCUUCCGCCAGCCCUACCAGCACUGCCCCAGAUCAGAAGCCUCCUCGGGGAGGUGCUUUCGCCAGCGACGGCCUCCGGGAGCUGACCGCCAGCCUGGGCCUCAACACGGCCAACUUUUCAGAGUUCCAGAGCCAGCUGAUGUCCAACCCAGACAUGAUGGUGCAACUGCUGGAGAACCCCUUUAUCCAGAGCAAGCUCUCCAGCCCUGACCUGAUGAAGGAGCUGGUCACCAGCAACCCGCAGGUGCGGCAGGUGAUGCAGAAAGCCCCUGAGAUCAGCCACGUCUUCAGCUCCCCAGAAGGAAUGAGGUUGGUGGUGGAACUGGCAAGGAACCCAGCGGUUGUGAGGGAGUUCAUCAAAUCACCUCCCCAGGCUGCCACUUGUCCUGGAAGCGUCCCUGGCGGAGACAACAACAGUGUCCUUCAGGGUGCAUUCCCUGAGGCACAAAGGGGACUAGGGCAGAAGGCCAUUCCCAAGCGCUGUGGGGCAAGCCCCUUGCCAGGAUCCCUGGGGGGCCACCCACCCACCUUUGACCACGGUGAAAGGCUUGAGCGGGCCCGAGAGAGGCUGCCUUCUCCCAGACCUUGGCCUCCAAAGCCUGGUGCCCAGAACGGCAACGAUCCGAGCAACGAGGAAAGCGGCGCCUUCAGAGGAGAGACAGGACAACUCGCCUCGGCUACUGUGAGGAACCUCCUCCACCAAAUCAUAAAGCACCUCAUGCAGAACCUGGCAUCUGGCAGCCCCUCCAGGAGCAGCCCCAACCCGGAGGUGGUGGCCAAGAUGGUCCGCAGGAACACCUCCGUGUCCAGGAGCCCCCGGGGGCAGGCGGCCCCACAGGUCCCAGACCUCCUCCAGCAGAUUCAAAGCACAGACAUCCUGUUGGCCAACUGGAGCCCCAAGGAGAUCCAGGGGCUGGUAGAAAUCCAGCAGAGGCUGCAGGCCCUCGCCACAGACGAGCCGGCAGCGGAGAGGCGAGGCAGAUCCGAGCGGCCUGCGCGGAGGGCGCACUCCAUCACUUCCCUCUGCGACGUCCUGCCCCCCGUCUCCAGGGCAGGGCGCCAGGAUGUCACCGCCCAGCAGAUCUUGGAGACUCUGGUGGGCGCUGACUUCUUAGCUGGCAUGAAGACUGCCAGCCGCCUGCGGGGCUCGUCUGCGCAGCCGUCCUCCAAGCAGAAGCGGACGUACAAGCUCUGA